GUUCGUAGUAGUUUCUUUCUAUCCCUCCUUUAAUUAACAUACCUGGUAUAUUAAUUAAAGUAGAUCCCCGUGUUUGCUGGGUUUUCUCCGGGUUUUCCGGUUUCCGGAUGGACGUCAAGUCACAUUUUUUCAUCUGUGGCCGCUGUGAGCUGCUGGUUUUGCCUGCUGGCCCCAGUCUGGUGAAUGCCUUAGCUGGCAGCAACGUGACUCUGGCUGUCUCCUUCAGUGGUGCCUCAGACCCAGUCGUUACCUGGUUUAAGGGAGUUUUACAUAUUGCUACAUGGACGAUAAGCUCCAGUGCUGAUCCAUCUGUGGCUGGAGCCUUCAGCAGUGUGCUCAGGACUGAGAAAAAUGGGUCCCUCACCUUUGUAAAUGUUCCACUUAACUAUACUGGUGACUACACCAUUGAAAUUGUUAAAUCUGGAAUGCCAAGAGUCUCAACUACUUUCACCCUGAAAAUAUUUGAGUACAUCCAGAACUUGACUCUGAGCACAUGGUCGGGUCUUGUCAAAGAGGGAACUGAGAACUUCACCCUACAGUAUAGUAUGCUGCAAGGAGUUUACGAGCAACAGAAGUGGUUCUUCAGUGGCACUGAGAUAAAAAACAGUUCACGCUAUGUUGUGAAAAUGGAAGCAAAGAGCCUUGUGAUCCUCAGGCCAAACCGAAAUGAUACAGGAGAGUACGCCGUGUUACUGACAAACCCUUUCAGAAAUGCAAUGGCAGCUAAAAAUGUCACUGUGUGGUAUGGACCAGAUGAACCCACACUUGAGGCCCAUCCACUUCAGCCUUUUUAUUUAGCAGGACACUCUGUGAACCUCUCCUGUUGGGCUGAUGGAUUCCCGCAGCCAGCUGUUGAGUGGGUCUUUGGUGGAGGGAUCAUUUCCCGCAAAGGAGUCCUAAAUCUAACAAAUGUACAGACCAGUCAAGGAGGUGUUUACACGUGCAUGCUGCUCAAUGAAGAUACAAAAGAAAGGCGUCAAAAGAACAUAACCUUGAAUGUUUAUGAGGGCCCAGCGGGUAACCCGGAGUGCUCGGUGGAUUCAGUGAAAGCCAUUGACCUGCAGUAUCACUGCGUAUGGGCGGGGGGAGCCCCACAGGCCCAGCUGUCUUUUCCAGAACUAAGCAACUCCAGCGGUGGAGUAGGGAACUUCAGCGUAACCAUCAGUGCCUCCGAUAAUCUAAAUGGGAAAACAAUCCAGUGCACGGCAGACCACCCCGUCAAACAGAAUAAGUGCAAUGUCACUGCAAGCAAUCCAGUAUGGUUCCUUCCAACUGUGAGAACCACAAUUGACUCUGUUGGCAAAAUAGUGGUGACUAUCCAAUGUCUCAGUGAGGCCUUGCCUAGGGCUGUGGUGUCUUGGUUGAGAGGCAGUGAGGCUGUCACCAACGGGUCCAUGUACCAGAUCAGCAGUAGCACCACACAGCUUAUGAUGCAUCAUUACAAUGUCAGCAACUUCCUUCUCCAAAACUACACCUGCACAUGCAGCAACCCUCUCGGCACCAAGAAAAGAGAAAUUUACUUACAAGGACCAUCCAUCUCACAUUCCAGUUUGUUCCCUAACCGAAAUGGAACCGUCAUCACGUUGACCUGGGAGGUCCCACCUACUUCUGUUCUUACAGGGUUUGACAUCCAAAUGAAAGGACCAGACCUCCUGAGUGUAAAUCCCCCUCACACUAAAGGCAGCUUGAAUGGAUACCGCACAAUCCAGCAGAAACCUGGUUCCGCCAGGAGUACGGACAUCUUUUUCCUUGAUCCCAAACUGACCUACUGGUUUCGAGUCAUUCCCAAAGCUCGUAUGACUGAAGGGGAGCCAUCGCAGAUCCACAGAACUGGUCCAGGUAAAAGGCUUAGUGCUUCUGUCAUUGCUGGCAUUGCAGCUGGAAUCCCCUGCAGCAUUUUGCUCCUAAUUUUGCUGAUUGGCCUCAUCUUCCUCUGUGUCUACUGCAUCAGGAACAGAAGCCAUCAGCCAAGAUAUCCAGUUCCCAGAGCAGUCAAUAAGGUAAAACACACCCAGCCAAAUAUCACCGUGAAUGACAUGCUGAAGCCUCUCCCUGACUACAGCAGGUUACAGAAGAAAUUCUCUGAAAAAUCUGUGUCUCCACCCACAUUUAUCCCUCCACCACCUGUCAGACUUGCUACAACUGUCUAAACAUCUGUAAAAACAUUUGCAUUGGUAUGCGUGUUAAUUUUUGAAAAGCUUGUUCUAUUGCUUGUUCCAUUUUUUAUCUUGUCUUAGGUUGUUGUUUUAAACAUUCAAGUAACAAUGCAAACAUCUUAAAAAUGUUAGGUGUUAAUAUCCCGUGUAGCA